AUGGGUUUCGCCAUGGCUGGGAACAUCCGGAAGAAGAUACCGACAACAUCAACGCUGUUCAUCUAUGAUGUGCAUCGGCCAUCGUGCGAACGAUUUGAUUCGGAAUAUGAGUCAAUAGGCCCGGUGGUGAUGACCGAGUCCGUCAAGGAUCUCGCUACGUUCUCGGAUGUCGUGAUAUCCAUCGUCCCAACAGCAGACAAUGUUCGUCAGGUGUACCUAGACAAACAACGGGGCCUUUCAGCGGCCCCGAGAAAUCCCCACAGGUUAAUUUUGGAGUGCAGUACCAUAGAAUCAGCAUCAACACGGGAUAUUGGGAAUGCAUUGAGAGCAUGUGGUCAUGGUCACUAUGUGGACGCUCCUGUAUCGGGUGGUGUUCCUGCUGCAGAAGCAGGGACUCUCUCAUUCAUGAUUGGGAGCGAGCGGCCUUCGGAGACCGGAUCAGCUGAGGCAAUCUCUAUAGCUGCCCAUAUCAACGAGGUUUUGACUAUGCUCGGCAAGCCUGAAAAGUUCUUUUGGUGCGGUGGACUCGGGGCGGGUCUCGCAGCUAAGAUAAGCAACAAUUACAUCUCCUGCACCUUCUUGUUGGUAAUUGCAGAAGCGAUGGCAAUGGGCAUCAGGAAUGGUAUUGACCCAAAAUUGUUGCAAGAGGUCAUCCACAACUCUUCAGGCCAGAGCUUCAUGGGAGAUCACGUCAAUCCUGUCCCUGGGGUUGUGGCACACGCGCCCAGUAGUAACAAUUGGAAACUGGGUUUCAAGACUCAGAUGAUGAUCAAGGAUAUCGGACUCGGGAUCGAUGCAGCGAAGCAGGUUGGUAUAACACCAAGUAUGGCCGAGGCGGCGAUCAAAGUCUGGAAGAGGGCGGCGGAAGACCCAAGAUGCAUUGAUCGGGAUGGCUCGUCGAUAUGGCUUCACAUCAAUGAUAUCAAGGAAGAUCAAUGA